GCGUUUAGGGGGAUAAAGCGUGCAGGCCCUGAAUGCAGCACCAGGGACUAUAAUACAGGGGCAGAAUUAUCUGCCUGUCUUUUGGCUAUAGAGGUUUCUGAAGUCUUAACUGAGGGAAACAAACCAUUACACUUCGUACUAUUGCUUCCUGGCCCAUAUGCUCAUAAUAAGUACACGGUGUGCAGCAAAUCCUUCACGUUGCUCCAUUACAUUUUGGAAGCAGCUACCUGAACUUGAUAACCGAUUGCUAACUUGUGAAGAAACUGCCAGAAAAAAUAAAAACAGCGACGCUACUGUUUGUAUAUGAUGUCUGCUGUCACUAACACAUUUGAAAAUGUGAAAGCCGUUAUCUUAUCAGCACAUAAGAGCACAACAUCAAGAGACAAGGUCAACUUCUACAACACCUGGGCAGAGAACUAUAAUCAGGAUGUGGCCGUUCUGGACUAUCGCGCACCAAGUCUGGCAGCGAACAGCAUCUCGUCCCAUUUCAGUGGUGACCGUGAAGCAGCUGUGGUGUUGGAUGUGGCCUGUGGUACAGGACUGGUGGCCAAACAGAUGAAAAAACAUGGAUUCGGACAUUUUGUGGGUCUUGAUGGAAGCGAGGCUAUGUUGGAGUUGGCCAGAGAGACUGAGUUGUACCGGGACCUUAAGCAGUCCAUGCUUGGAGAGGAGCCACUACCUGUGCAGUGGGGUUUGUUUGAUGUGGUUGUGAUUGUCGGAGCACUAAGUAUUGGUCAGGUUCCCGUUGAUGUGGUCAGAGAUCUGUGCAAAUCCGCCAAACCAGGUGGCUACAUUUGCAUGACAACCAGAAGCAACCGUGACAAUCUGGAAUACAAAGACGCCUUGGAGCGUGAGCUGAAGCAGAUGGAGGAAGAGGCGCUCUGGAGCCGCGUAGAGGUCACUGAGGUGGAAGACUGGGAGAGAGCGGUGUCAGAGCAGGAGGACGGUUACAUAUCGGGUUCUGUGUAUCUGUAUAAGAAACUACAGCAAUAAGACAAUGCACAACAAUGUUACAAAAGAACAAAAUAAAAUCAUGCAAGAAGAUACAAAAAUACUGAAAUAACACACUCUACAUUUGUAGACAAUGUCAGGAUUUCUUGACAUUCUUUGUCUCUUAAUGACCUGAAAUUGAAGCUGUAAAGCUGCAUUUAUGGAUAAUGUAAAUUUAAGACUUAAAAUGUUCUCAAGUGUCAUAUUUAACUAUGUCCAUGUUACAUACAAUGGCACAUUGCAGUACAGUUGGUACCUGUAAAAUGUGCUUGCUGCACUAAACUACUUCAGAUUUCUUCAAAUGUUCAAUAUCUUGAUGUACAGUAAUGUGUUCCUAAUAGAAAAAUAAACGUGAGAGCUGAAGGUG